GGUCUCACCUCUCUUCCUCGUUUUUAUACUUGGUCUAGUCGGCUUUGGUCUGCUCCUCCUCCUCCUCCUCCCACCGUUCUCGUCAGCAGACCCGAGCGAGCAGCCGCCCCCGUCGCCGUCCACGACCGGUGGUUGCCCCGCGGCCGCGACCGGCCGGUAGCUCCCGCGCAAGUCCGCUUCGUUCCCCUUCCUUCUGCGCCGCGCUUUUAUGCUCCAGGCAGCUCGCUUCUUGGACUCUUGCCGUACUAGUAGUUGUCGCAGCAGCAGCGUCGCUAGUGGUGGUGCUCUCAGCUCCGGAAGAGAAAUCAGCAAGAUUCUGCUAUGGAGGCCGAGACCUCGUCCGCGACGGCCGAGCGCGGCGUGUCGGCCUCCGGCGCGGCGCUGCUGCCGCCGCCCGCCCCGCCAGCCAAGAAGAAGCGUGCCCUCCCCGGCAUGCCAGAUCCCGACGCGGAGGUGAUCGCGCUGUCGCCAAAGACGCUGAUGGCAACCAACAGGUUCGUGUGCGAGAUCUGCAACAAGGGGUUCCAGCGGGACCAGAACCUGCAGCUGCACCGGCGCGGGCACAACCUGCCGUGGAAGCUCCGGCAGCGGAGCGGGAAGGAGGUGCGGAAGCGCGUGUACGUGUGCCCGGAGCCCAGCUGCGUGCACCACGACCGGUCCCGCGCGCUCGGCGAUCUGACGGGGAUCAAGAAGCACUUCUGCCGCAAGCACGGCGAGAAGAAGUGGAAGUGCGACAAGUGCUCCAAGAAGUACGCCGUGCAGUCCGACUGGAAGGCGCACGCCAAGACCUGCGGCUCCCGCGAGUACCGCUGCGACUGCGGCACCCUCUUCUCCCGGAGGGACAGCUUCAUCACCCACAGGGCCUUCUGCGACGCGCUGGCCGAGGAGAGCGCCAAGGCGCGCGUGCCAGCGGCUGCGGAGGAAGGGAGCUCAGCGGCGGCGGCUGCCCCGCCGCCGGUCCCAGCCACACCGGUGCCACUGCAACAACUGCCGCCGGCUCCGGCGCAGCCCGCGCCGCAGCCGCAACCACAACACGACGAGCAAGAGCGGGAGUUCAGUGCCGCGCCGGAGCCCGUCCAGUUCACGCCGCCGAUGCCUUCGCCGCCUUCCGUGACCGGCGCCAAUGUCAGCGCCAGCACCAGCAGCGUCUCCGCGACGUCGCAAAGCCUCCUCGGCAGCAUAUUCGCGCCGUCUCCCGUGGCCCAGGCGCCGCUGCAGUACCAGGAGCGCGCACAAGCCGCCGUCGUCGCCAAGCCACCGUCGCUGUGCCUGACGACUGACGCCUCGUCCUCGCUGUUCUCGGCACCAUUAGCUGACCGGCCGCCGCCGCCGUCCCCGUCCCCGUCGCCGCACAUGUCCGCCACGGCGCUGCUUCAGAAGGCCGCGCAGAUGGGCGCCACCUCGUCGAGCUCCUCCUACCUUCGUGGGCUGGGCCUGGACAUCUCGUCGUCGUCCCCGGCGUCGACGUCCUCAGGCCAGCAGCACAACCAGCACCAGCAUCAGCAACAGGAAGCCACAAUGCAUGUGUCGUUCCCGGAGGGUUCGCUGCCGCAAUGGCCCCCGCGGCUGGAGCCCGAGCCGGCCCCGAUGAUGUCGGCCGGGCUCGGCCUGGGAUUGCCCUACGAAUUGACCGGCGGCCCGGUGGGGAACCCGGAGCUCAUGAUGGGUCAUCAGUCAUCGCUGUUCAGUGCCAAGCCAGCCACAUUGGAUUUCCUGGGCCUCGGAAUGAGCCCGACUGGCCCGUCGGCCAGCAGGGGCCUCUCUGUGUUCAUGCAACCCAUGGGCGGUGCGAUCGGCAUGGCCGGCAGCGGCGCCGGCGCCGCGGAGACGUACGGUGCCAGCCGCGGCGCUCAGGCGAAGCCGUGGGAGAGGAACCCGAGCAGCUCGCCAAUCCUGUAAUGCUACUGGGGAACCUGUCGCUAGCAGCAGCUGUGAAAAAAUUAGGCAAAACGAAGGAAGAGGAGGACAGUGUAAUGUAGAGGCCAGAUUAGCAGUAGUCUCUUCCAUUCCCCCUCUGUGCUCUCGCUGUUCUUUUGUUCCUUUAUCUUAGAACGAAGUUACAACAAUUAAGUUACUUUUGUUUCUUUGGCUUAGUAAAGCUGGAGCUGCAAGUAAGUUUCUUUUGUUGUUUCC